GGAGGAGUUAAUAUGUGUCGAGAGUUAACGUAACAAUUAGUAGUAGACGGACGUAUCAUUGCGAUGUGGGACGUUAAAGAUAAAACGUUUGUUAUUACGGGAGGUGCUUCCGGGCUUGGUGCGGGAUACGCAAAGGCUUGUCUGGAACACGGAGCCAAGAAUGUAGCCCUUCUUGACAUAGCCGAAAAGCUGGGCAACGCAACAGCUGAACAACUGAACAAUACUUUUGGCAAUAAAGUGAUAUUCGUGAAAUGUGACGUGAGCAAGGAGGAGGACAUCGUGAGUGCGUGGGACUCCGUGCUGGCUCAGUUCAAGCAGAUUGACGUCAUCGUCAACAAUGCUGGCAUCAUGGUGGAUGCUCCUAGCGUGUGGAGAACUGCUUCCGACGUUAAUUGGCAAGGAUUGGUCUCCUUUACCUUAAAAGGCGUUAGCCAUAUGAGGAAGGAUGAGGGCGGUGCUGGUGGCACUAUUUUGAACAUCGCUUCGACAUUGGCCAUAACAAAAAUGCCCUUUUUGCCAAUCUACUGCGGUUCCAAAAUGGCUGUUUUGCAUUUCAGCCAAUGUUUAGCGAUGGAUCCGUUCUAUGAAAAUACAGGAAUAAGAGUUAUGACAAUGUGCUUGGGGUGCACAGACACGCCGUUAAUAGACAAUUUACAGACCAGGCCUUGGGAUCCGAAACUUGUGGACGAUUUCGUCACCAACAUUACUAACAGCUUUAUACGGCAAAAACGGGAAUCGGCCGUUUCAGCAUUAAUUAAGAUGUUAACAACUGGUAACCCAGGCUCUAUCUGGCUGACUCUCGACAAUAAACCAGCUCGAGACAUCACAUCAGUUAUCGACAACGCUUAUAAAGAAUUUGAGAAAGUUAUGGCAGAAUAAACGACUUAUCUCAUUUAAACGGCACAGCUCCAAGCCAGCAAUAAACUUGUCACUUAAAUUUGAACAUUAAAUCUUAUGUCGUAUGAUAUAUUUCAUAACGGACAAUAAGAAAAGGGCUGUAAGCACGUGGUCCGUACGCUGUCAGCGCGCUUACACCUUUUUACAUUGAUCCCAAAGCAAAAUAACGCCGUGUCGGGGCCGUGCCGUUUACGUGUGCGAUGACUUUAAAAUGUGAAUUAACCGAAUAUUGUUGUUUCAGUAAAUUAAGUUUAUGCGGAAUCCGCAAAUUUAUUGAGUUUGUUUUUCUUCUAUAAAAAUCCAAUAAACAUAGAAUAAGAUUACGAAAUGAUAUUUUUAUUUGGUCAUCUGCCUCAUAGAACAAUUUACAAAUCGAUAAUAGUCAGUUAAAAAACAAAAGAAAAGCUUUAAAGCCCAAAGGUUUGGCUGGUAGAAAAUGCCUACGGCAUUAAGCCCACCUUGUGUACACAUUUAUGUGCAUAAAGAGUUAAAUAAAUAAAUACACCAGAGUGAUAUUGCCCUUUGUGACAAAGUCAGUCACGGCAUGUCCCCAGGAC